CCGUAGCCUCAGUGUACUAGAUGGAUACUGGGCGCUUCAAUGAGAAAGCGCUGCUGAAUAAAUAAAGACGGGGGGAGCUUUGUCAUUUUGAAGCAAGUACCUACGUCAGAGAACUGACAGCUGUAAAUUCAUGUAUUAAGCGGACCUGGUCAUGAGGGGCUAGUCCCGAAUAGGCAAAGCGGAUCUUCAAGGGUCCAGCACUUUUUUUUUCCAAUUGCUGCACUACCCACCAACAGCAUCUUUUGCGGUACACCGUACCUAUACCCAUCCAUGUCUCAUUACAACAGUGCCCAGCGGAUAGAGACCACAUUGAAUGAGAACACUAUGGAAUACGUCGCGGCGAUGCCUCUCCGGAGGUAGCCUGUUUCCGCAACGAGCAUGUCUCCCAUACCGACUACCGCGACCGUCUUCAGCAUGCCUACAGCCAUGUACCCCGCGACGAGCGCUCUUGACGUUGGCCAUCGAGACCUCCUGCGACGACACCUGCGUAGCCAUCCUAGAGAAGAGGGAUUCGAGCUUUAUCCGUUUGCACUUCAAUGAGAAGAUCACCUCGGACAACCGCACCUUCCGAGGCGUCCAUCCGCUCGCGGCCGUUGUCUCGCACACCGAGAAUCUCGCGCCGCUGAUCCAAAAAGCUCUGCGGUCGCUGCCCUCUCCAGCCGAUGUCCGCCCGUCACAGGAUGUGAACAGCCAUGGCCAAGCAAUCUUCGUUGACGGACGCCCGCGGCUGAGGCCCGACUUUAUAUCGGUGACGCGUGGGCCGGGGAUGGCGUCGAAUCUCGCAACGGGGCUGAACCACGCGAAAGGACUGGCGGUUGCGUGGGAUGUGCCGCUGGUUGCCGUAAAUCACAUGCAAGCGCAUGCGCUCACACCACGGCUCGUCAGUGCACUUGAGGUGCAAAAGUUAGCUUGUAAAUCGAAAGAUGAAGAGGACGCAAGUAGUCAAAAGUCCAUCAGCCCUCAAUUCCCCUUUCUCUCUCUCCUCGUUUCGGGCGGGCAUACUAUGCUAGUGCACUCAAAGUCCCUCAACGACCACGCCAUCCUCGCCGAGUCUAUGAAUAUCGCCGUGGGCGAUAUGAUCGACAAAUGCGCGCGCUUGAUUGUUCCUUCGGAAACUCUCUCAGCAGAAGGCUCCGAUUCCGGCGCGUACGGGCCCAUAUUCGAAGAAUUCGCAUUCCCGGGGUCAAGAGAGUCGGUAAGCUAUGACUAUAAUUACACGCCCCCGGCAACUCGCGCGGCCGAGAUAAAGACAUUUGACUCGGGACGCGGGUGGAGUUUGACGCCGCCCCUCCACCUCAAGGGCAUGGGCGAAGAAGCGGCGUCUCAAUUCGAGUUUGCGGGCUUGGGUGGACAAGCCCAAAAGCUUAUGAUUAUUUAUCCGGAUAUGGACAUCGAAUCGCGUAGGGUGUUAGCACGAGCAACCAUGACUCUCGUCUUUGAACACCUGACAACUCGUCUCGUAUAUGCCCUGCUAGCUAACAAUGACCAAUCAAGAAAGAGAACACGUGGACAAGAUAGGAUCAGGACCGUUGUUCUGUCCGGCGGCGUGGCGAGCAAUAAGUUUCUACGGCACGUCGUUCGUAAGAUGCUCGAUGCCCGUGGACUCGCCGAUAUAGAGGUGAUAGCGCCGCCGGUAUCUCUUUGCACCGAUAACGCCGCUAUGAUCGCCUGGACUGGAAUGGAGAUGUACGAGAAUGGCUGGCGUAGCGAUCUCGACAUCCUCACUUUGCGCAAGUGGCCGCUGGAUCCCACGGCCGAAGGUGGGGGUAUACUAGGCGCCAGUGGUUGGUAUCAGGUAUCUGUGCCAAAGAAAUAGUUACCCGAACCUGCAGGAAUGGAUGUAGAUAUAUGUACUUAUAUUUGUACUGAUAUGGUAACGUUAUGAUACCCAAGACUAGAGUCACAGUUCACCAUGCCGGUUCAUCACCCCGGCCAGGCUGUAGCAUC